UCUAUUCCCACAAAACAUAAGACAGAAGGGGUCAGAGAGACCACAACACAACACAACACAACACAAGAGUUAUUAACAAGAACAGAACAGAACAGAGAUCAAUCUAUAUAUCAAGUUUCAAGGACAAAGUUUGUUUCAUCUUUAUAUCUUCUUGUCCUUCAUCCAGACACAAGCUUCGUUCUUGGCCCAGAUCAGUUUUUCAGGCACAUAUAUAUGUUGGCGGGGUGUCCCUAGCCAAACAGUUGUGUCUUGAGGGUUAUCUAAGUAAAUUAACAUGGCAUUGGCAUCUUCAAGAGAUGUUGAUCAACCAUUGAGUCCAGCUGCAAGGUUGUUUCAUUCACCAUCCUUUAACUGUUAUGUGAUUGCCAUCAUUGGUUGCAAGACAAACAUCAAUCUUCAAGUCAUUAGAGAAGGUUUAUGUCAAACUCUUCUUAAGCAUCCAAGAUUUACCAGCAAACUUGUUAAGAAUGGAAGAAAAACAAGAUGGACACAAACAACAAUUGACUUAGACAACCACAUCAUAGUUCCUAAAAUAGAUUCCAAACCAGAUUUCCCAGAUAGAUUUGUUGAAGACUACAUUUCAAAUUUGACCAAAACACCACUAGACAUAUCAAAACCAUUAUGGGAACUUCAUCUUCUCAACAUCAAAACCUCAAAUGCAGAAUCAGUUGGUAUAUUUAGAAUCCAUCAUUCACUUGGUGAUGGUACAUCUCUUAUAUCACUUCUCAUUGCAGCUACUCGAAAAACCUCCGAUCCUAAUGCAUUACCAACUGUUCCUACAACUCAUAAGAGAGUUGAGUCUGUCUCAAAUGGGACCAAUUGUUCAAUUGUUGUCAAGUUUUUGUUGAGUAUUUUGUGGGGGUUGAGGUUGAUUUGGAACACUAUUGUGGAUGUUUUGUUUCUUGUUUUGACCAUUUUGUUCUUUAAGGACACUCAAACUCCUUUAAAAGGUGCACAUGGAGUUGAGCUCAGUACCAAGAGAUUUGUGUAUCGGAUGGUUAGUAUGGAUGACAUUAAGCUUGUCAAGGCUGAAAUGAAAACGACCAUCAAUGACGUUUUGUUGGGUUUGACACAAGCUGGUCUCGCUCGCUACUUGAGUCGGGAAUAUGGUAAGGAAUAUACAAAUGAUGGUGCUGCAAAGCAGAGGAAAAGUAGCAUCCCCAACAACAUUCGCAUGAGGGCAUCAAUUCUUGUUAACAUUAGACCUUCUCCUGGAAUCCAGGAUAUAGCAAAUAUGAUGGCUGAGAAAGGAAAAGCCAGAUGGGGUAAUCAUAUGGGAUAUAUAAUGUGUCCUUUUAGCAUUGCUUUACAUGAAGAUCCAUUGGAAUAUGUUCGUCAAGCUAAGGCCACAAUUGAAAGGAAAAAACAAUCAUUGGAAGCUAUUUGCUCUUAUGCUUUUGCAAAGUUGGUACUCAAUUUAUUUGGAGUUAAGAUUGCUGGUGCCAUUACAAGAAGAGUUCUCUUCCACACUACCAUGGCUUUUUCUAAUGUACCUGGUCCAGUGGAAGAAAUUAGUUUCUAUGGACAUCCUGUUGCAUACAUUGCUCCAAGUGUAUAUGGACACCCACAUGCACUAACCAUCCAUUUUCAAAGUUAUGCUAAUCAGAUGACUAUUUCUUUGGCUGUGGAUCCAACCAUCAUUCCAGAUCCUUACCUACUAUGUGAUGAUUUAGAAGAAUCACUCAAACUCAUUUGUGAUAAUGUUGUUAAGAAAAGGCAUAUUACUGAAAUAAUUUAAAUAUUUAAACAAUUUAAUGACAAGCUACUGUGAAACUUUACUAUCACCAUUGAGUUUUCUUAAAUUAAAAUUUACUUAAUGAAUGAAAUUAUUUA